CUGGCUUCUGAUUGGCUGGGGCAAGCAGUGGCCGCAGCGGGCUAAGCCGGUAUUCUAGCACUCCGGGUUGGAGGCCAGAUGCCGGCUGGACUGAAAGGGACGUCGCCUCUCCGAAGACUCUUCAAGAAAUCACAAUGUCAACCAACACAGACCUUUCUCUAUCUCCAUACGAUGAAGGUCAGGGGUCUAAGUUUAUUCGGAAAGCUAAGGAGAAACCGUUUGUCCCCAUCGGAAUGGCAGGCUUCACAGCGAUUGUUGCAUACGGGCUGUACAAGCUGAAGAGCAGGGGAAACACGAAGAUGUCCAUUCGCUUGAUCCACAUGCGUGUAGCAGCCCAGGGCUUUGUUGUGGGGGGCAUGACUCUUGGUAUGGGCUAUUUCAUGUAUCAGGAAUUCUGGGAUAAGCUUAAGCCUUAG